CACCGGAGACAACCGCCGUGCUCGCUGCAGUCCUCCCGGCGCGCAGGGCAGGUCCCGCACACCGUUCCCCCAGCCGUUUUCACUGUUUCUGCCUAUUCUUUGAAGGUUUUUUGCAGGACCCCCGAGCCAGUGCUGCUGUCUCGGGCACUGCUGGCCUCGCAGCCAGCCGGUGGUCUCAUUGCUGCAGUCCCUCUGCCGCACCGGCUCCGUGUGGGCCCUUCCCUCGUUUCCCACUGCAGCCCGGAGCUCCCUGUUCUCCAGAGCAUAGCCGAGAAGGACAACAACCUGGUGCCCAUAGGAAAGCCGGCGUCCGAGCAUUACGACGAGGAGGAGGAGGAGGAUGAUGAGGACGACGAAGACAGCGAAGAGGACUCGGAGGACGACGAGGACAUGCAGGAUAUGGACGAGAUGAAUGAUUAUAACGAGUCUCCUGAUGAUGGGGAGAUCAAUGAGGUGGACAUGGAGGGGGCAGAGCAGGAUCAGGACCAGUGGAUGAUCUGAUUCCACCGUGGCCACAGCAAACCAGAGCCUGAGGAACUGGGAGGAGACUGGGGAAGAGCCCUUGCCCACCACUGCUCUGGGGCCCUGGGGUGUGAUUUGGUGAAGCUGCUUCUGUCGUGGCCGUUCCGGCAGGGGGGGCUGCAUGGGGCAGGGGGGCUUCAAGGUGAAGCUG